CUUUUCCUUUCACUGCAAAAAUGACAUCUCUCUUCUUAUCAUCGAUGCCAUUUUGCAGCAUUUGCCAAAUUAUUCAAAGUACUUAUUAGGAUCACUAUUCGUAUCCAAAAUCUACGAGGCUUUCGCCCAAUCUUUGAUUUUUAUCACUUACCUACUAGUUUCCAGAGAUCACUAGUAGACGUACUACGAUAUCUUCAACAGCUUCUGGCAAAUCGGAGUCCAGGCCCCAGUUGAUAUCUGGCCCAUAAGGGGAUCUAGUUCAAAUGGUAGAGCCCGCAUUCUUCACAAACUCUAAAAUCCCUGCAUAGAGUUCCCCUUCCCCUGUACUUUUCCACAUUCCUAUCAGUACCCCUCUACAAGUUUUUCACAUUUCUACAAUGACUGCACCCCCAGUGCAGCCAGAUCCCGGAAAGGAUCAGGCCCAGCUGGAGAUGGUCAGUGCUUCUCAAGAUCCCCAGGGUGAUUUUGAGAUGGAUGCAGAGGUUACAACAUCUGCACCGAUGGAUGCAAAUCCAUCCACCCUCCCUCCAGAACAACAAACCUUAAACACGGCACCCAAAAAUAGAAAUAACAACAACAAAAAGAAAGUUCAAACCCCAGUAACCCCAUCCCCAGUCACAGCACGCGUUCUCUCCUACGCAGAUAGGGCAAAGGGUAAGAACCUCCUCAAGGUGGUCUCAUUUGACGAGACCCAACAUCUCCCGCCAACGGGCUUCAAGGGGCUAGUGAUUGCCUACCCCCUUCCGCGUCUAGACAUGCGUAUCGCUGUCAAAGUAGCCAUCGACAACGCAGUAGACGCGGCUCAAAUCUCAACCUCCAAAGGCAGCAUGUGCGCUAUCUUCGACGACGAAGAGAAAUACGCACAUGCCCUCAACACCAAAGUGCCAGUAGGAGAUGUUCUCCUAUGCCCCUCCAGGACAGGCUAUACGAACAAGCUGGAGGAAAGGAUCAGGUCCCCACUAUGGGACCACACGCCGACGAGAUGGCGCUUCAAACAGCUCUCAACAAGCUGUACGCACCAUACGGGACAGUACGCGACAUUGAAUAUGGAGUUAUUCAGCCCGGCUCGUCAACAAAAAAUGGUGAAAUCAGCUUCACCCUCGCUCUCCAUGACAGCACUCAACCGGAUACGGAGUUGAUCAGAGCAGCCUCGCUGUUCGGCCUCAACACCGUCUUCACCUGGGAGACAGCUGGAAAAUUCUGCUACAACUGUGGCAGUCUUACUCACCUGACAGCAGAGUGCAGGACACCACGGACCCUAUACCUGGAGGAGAUCCGUCCACUAUUCACGCCAAUCCUAGCUCCUAGGUACGGCAAGGAGACAACCCAGGCACCACCAAGGGUAGUAGUCAAGUCUCCAACUACUACCACCACGGCCCCCCCAACCAACAACAACAAAAGGCCACCAACUUCAACAACGCAGGCGAAUACCUCGUCCGCACCAACAACAC